AUGGAGGGAUGGUUGGAUUGGUUAGUUGUUGAAAGUGAAGAGAAUGCAUUAGAGGCAAUUGUCUAUGGAGCCCAGUCACUGCAAUACAGCGCAAUACACUCUGGAGGGAUAGUCCAGUUUGAUAUAAGGAUCUACAAAGAUACUGACACAGUGACAGCCGCAGCCAUACCGAACACCAACACUGGACAAGUGGACCCAGGAACAUCAGCCAAUGCUUGCAAGUACGAAGCAGGUACAUCCCCAGUGCCACUGACAUCCGGUACAACUCCACUUGGAAAAGCAUAUGUGGAAUUUUCUGUACAGAUUGACUAUACGACACCGUCGGCGCCAACGUUUGAAAGUCCUGGCGGUAGCGACCUAGGAUGCUUUUUUACGUCUGAUGACGCCGCUACAGGUCAGUUUAGCUUUUAUGUACGGGGUCUUGCAUCACUUACCGGCACAUCUGGCACGGACCGAGAGUAUCUCGUUAAAUCAUUUACUUCAGAUUCCGUUAAUGUUGUAGUGGAGGGAAGCCUAAUUUUUCAAGGUCCACCAGUAUUGUCACAAACGGCUGCCCCAGUGACAACUUACAACUUCCGUAUGACGGUAGUAGACAGUCCCACCAAGGCUGACCAAACCAGUAUGGAUCUCGGCGAAACAGCCCAACUAAAAUUCACCAUGACAAUCAGCCCAUAUGAGUUUAAUGUUCGCCAGUAUACAUUAGAAAUUCAUGACAGUCUACCUCCGGAGAAAGUGUUCAAAGGAGAAAUAGCCAGACUGCGUUCAUUUGAAAACCAAAGACCACCUUACGAUGCCAAGAACCCCUACCUGGCCCCUGUCAAAGUGAACAGAGAGCUACACAAAAGUGGAGACAGAUCCUGCAUGCAUAUAGAAUUUGACAUUUCUGGGUCAAAAAUUAGAUACGAAGCUGGUGAUCAUGUUGCCGUAUAUCCUGUCAAUGACAGGGAAACCGUCGAGGCCAUUGGAAAACGUCUCAACGUAGAUCUCGAUACAGUCUUUACACUCACAAAUGUAGACGAGGAGGCCAGUAAGAAACACCCGUUCCCAAACCCGUGUACAUACCGUACAGCCCUGCUUCACUACCUUGAUAUAACACAUUGUCCACGUACGCAUGUGCUACGUGAGCUAGCAGAGUACGCUGAAGAAGAGAAAGAUAAAGAAUUCCUCCUGAAGUUGACCUCACCUACACCAGAAGGAAAGAGCUUGUAUGGAGACUGGGUGCUGAAGUCACAUAGAACCAUUCUACAUAUCCUGGAAGAUCUGAAGUCAUUAAUGCCGCCUAUUGACCAUAUUUGUGAGCUGUUGCCACGGUUACAAGCCAGAUAUUAUUCCAUCUCUUCAUCACCAAAGGAACAUCCUACAAGUAUCUCAAUCACGGCUGUUGUUGUACAAUAUGAGACAAAAACUGGUCGCACAAUAAAAGGAGUGGCGACAAACUGGAUGGCUACAAUGAAACCAGAAAAUGGCGCUAAAUUUACAGUACCGAUAUACGUGAGGAAGUCACAGUUCCGAUUACCAUUCAAAACCAGCAUGCCAGUGUUAAUGAUAGGACCCGGCACCGGACUUGCACCAUUCCGGGGCUUUCUACAGGAGAGACAUUUCCUCAAGACCGAAGACAAACCAGUUGGUGACACGAUACUGUACUUUGGUUGUCGUAAGCAAGCAGAAGACUUUAUUUACGAGGACGAGCUUCGAGAGUAUGAGAAUAACGGCACAUUGACCAAGAUGCAUCUGGCAUUUUCUCGUGACCAAGGAGAGAAAGUGUAUGUUCAACAUCUGCUGAAAAAGAAUGCGGAGGAAACAUGGAAAUUAUUGGAAGCUGGUGGACAUUUAUAUGUGUGCGGAGAUGCUAGGAAUAUGGCACGUGAUGUGCAUGACACAUUGACCUACAUUAUACAGGAAUGUGGUGGAAUGGACACUGCAAGAGCUGCUGACUAUAUAAAGAAACUUCAGAACAAGGGACGCUACUCUUGCGAUGUCUGGAGUUGAAGAGUUAUUUUUCCUCAGUUCACAAAUCAACACAAUUAAGACCAGGGGAGUUCUGCAAUAUAAUCAGGUCCUAAUAACUGUUUAGUGUUCUGUAAAUUAAUCAUUAUUACAUGACUCCUUGAAUAAAUUGCCAGUCCAUAGUUUGUGCAACAUGACUGUUCUAUAUUCAGUGCUAUACAUUGUAGACUAUGGAAACAUGAAGAAAAAAAACCCUCAAACUUUG